GGCGGGGUGCCUCGAGCACGUGACCGAGGUGGCGAACGGGUCGCGCCGAGGAGCUUCCGCCCGGGCUCCUGAGCUCCCGCUUUCCCGGCAGCCCCUUCUGUGGCCUGCCAGUCGGUGAGCGCCGGGCCCUCGCGGCCCGAACGAGGCCAGCAGCACCAUGCCCGCCCUCCUGGAGCGCCCCAAGCUUUCCAACGCUAUGGCCAGGGCACUGCACCGGCACAUCAUGAUGGAGCGGGAACGCAAGCGGCAGGAGGAGGAAGAGGUGGACAAAAUGAUGGAACAGAAGAUGAAAGAAGAGCAGGAGAGAAGGAAGAAAAAGGAAAUGGAAGAGAGAAUGUCACUAGAAGAGACCAAGGAACAAAUCCUGAAGCUGCAGGAAAAGCUUUUGGCUCUACAGGAGGAGAAGCACCAGCUUUUCUUGCAGCUCAAGAAAGUUUUGCACGAGGAAGAAAAGCGGAGGCGGAAGGAACAGAGCGACCUGACCACUCUGACAUCAGCUGCAUACCAGCAGAGUCUGACUGUUCACACAGGAACUCACCUCCUCAGCAUGCAAGGGAGUCCUGGAGGACACAACCGCCCAGGCACCCUGAUGGCAGCUGACAGAGCCAAACAGAUGUUUGGACCCCAAGUGCUUACAACCCGGCACUAUGUGGGCUCGGCAGCUGCUUUUGCAGGCACCCCAGAGCAUGGACAAUUCCAGGGCAGUCCAGGUGGUGCUUACGGGACUGCUCAAGCCCCACCUCACUAUGGGCCCACACAGCCAGCCUACAGUCCUAGCCAGCAGCUCAGAGCACCUUCAGCAUUUCCUGCAGUGCAGUAUCUGUCUCAGCCCCAGCCACAGCCCUAUGCAGUACAUGGCCACUUUCAGCCCACCCAGACAGGGUUCCUUCAGCCUGGUGGUGCUCUGUCUUUGCAAAAGCAGAUGGAACACGCUAACCAGCAGACUGGAUUCUCGGACUCAUCUUCCCUGCGCCCCAUGCACCCCCAGGCUCUGCAUCCAGCCCCUGGACUCCUUGCUUCCCCUCAGCUCCCAGUGCAGAUGCAACCAGCAGGAAAGUCAGGCUUCACCACUACCAGCCAACCUGGGCCUCGCCUCCCCUUCAUCCAACACAGCCAGAACCCACGAUUCUACCACAAGUGACCACCAGAUGUCUUCAGCCUAUCCCUCCAUUCCCCAUGGGUAAAGAGCCAAUAAAAUAUACCUACCAUUCA